AUGGCCUCCGCGACCGCUUUCUUUGAUUUUGAGCCCGUUGACAAGAAGGGCCAGCCCUUCCCUCUCUCGGAGCUGAAGGGCAAGGUUGUCCUGGUCGUCAACACUGCCUCCAAGUGCGGCUUCACCCCUCAGUUUGAGGGCCUCGAGAAGCUCUACAAGAAACUGAAGGCCGAGUACCCCGAUGACUUCACCAUCCUUGGUUUCCCCUGCAACCAGUUUGGCGGCCAGGACCCGGCCUCCAACGAUGAGAUCCAGUCUUUCUGCCAGAUCAACUACGGCGUCAGCUUCCCCGUCCUGGGCAAGCUGGAAGUCAACGGCGACAACGCCGACCCCCUCUUCACCUGGCUGAAAGAAAAGAUGCCCGGCGCCCUUGGCCUCAAGCGCGUCAAGUGGAACUUUGAGAAGUUCCUGGUCGCCGCUGACGGAACUGUCGUCUCGCGCCAUUCAUCUCUGACCAAGCCCGAGUCGCUUGAGGGCGCUAUUGUCAAGGAGAUCCAGAAGGCACAGAAGGCUGGUACUGCUGCCUCCACGCAGAAGGCUACUGAGACUACUGGAGCUGAGGGCACUGGGCCCACUGAGGCCACCGAGACUGCUAAGCUUUCGUGA